AAUCCUCCUACAUCCGUCGUAUCAAAACAGAACCCGGCAGCGGAGAAAAAUAUUCGAAAGGAAACUCUGUAAACUUUACAAGGUAGCGUUUUAAAAACAAACAAACGGGCUGUGAUUGCUCAACAAGUCUUAUAAGUGCAAGAUUUUUUAGUUCGGGUUACCUACAAAGUGUACAUUAUGUCUCUACGAGACAUCCAACUUUCUGAAGUCAGACAGUUGUUGGUGGACAAUUCUGGAUUCUCUGAGGCAAAUGCCAAAAGUUUUCAAGUACUUGAAACACAGGAGCAUGAUGUUGAGACACCUCUCGGUACCAUCCGCGUCGCUGUCCGUGGGACACCAAAAGGAAGUCGCCCAGUCAUCCUCACGUUUCAUGACAUUGGGAUGAAUUACAAAUCCUGCUUCGAUGCGCUCUUCAAUUCUGAAGACAUGCAAGAAAUUACACUUCAUUUUGCUGUUUAUCAUAUUAAUGCACCUGGUCAGCAAGAGGGAGCUCCAACUUUUCCAGCUGGAUACCAGUAUCCAUCAAUGGACCAAAUGUCUGAAAUGAUUCCAUCUAUUCUGAAGCACUUUGGUGUGAAGAGCAUUAUUGGAAUAGGAGUUGGAGCUGGUGCAUAUAUUCUGACUAAAUUUGCUUUGACCUUUCCUGAUCUUGUUGAGGGGUUAUGCCUCAUUAAUAUUAAUUGCUGUGCUGAAGGUUGGAUGGACUGGGCAGCAACUAAGAUUACUGGUUGGACCUCUAACCUGACAGAUGUUGUACUCUCUCAUCUGUUUGGAAAGGAUGAAAUGCAUUCUAACCCCGAUUUGAUCCAGAUGUACCGCUCUCACAUUACUUCUGAGAUUAAUCACAACAAUUUGCAACUUUUUGUUGAUUCAUAUAACAGCCGAAGAGAUUUAGAUAUUGAGCGCCCCCUUCCUGCAGGGCAGCACCAUCAUCACCAAGGUCUUACUUUACAGUGUCCAGCUUUAUUGGUGGUUGGAGAUACUUCACCUGCAGUGGAUGCUGUGGUUGAUUGUAAUACUAAGCUUGAUCCAACAAAGACUACUCUGCUAAAGAUGUCGGACUGUGGAGGACUGCCACAAAUUGUUCAGCCAGCAAAGCUUACAGAGGCUUUUAAGUACUUUGUGCAAGGCAUGGGCUACAUGCCUGCAGCUAGCAUGACUCGCCUGAUGAGAUCCCGUUCAGCAUCAGGAUCCAGUGUGGUAUCCCUAGAUGGCAACAGGAGUCGUGCUCACACCGGGGAGGCAUCCAAGUUUUAUAGCCACCCAGCUGUGGGAUUGAACCAGAAUGCAAAUGCAAACUCGAAUACUAAUGUGGGAGGCGUUGAAAACCCUGCCCCACAAUCAGCUGAAAUUUCAUGUUGAAUCUUUUUUCCUCUUCCGCUCCAUCCCAAGAAAAAAUUAGCAAGUGUAAAAUUGUUCUUUGGGGCUUAGUGACGUGGUGUGAACUGGCCCCCUUUUUUAAAAUAAAAAGCUUCAGAAUACUAGGAUAAAAAUAAGGAUGCACAGAUUAAAAUCUGCUUUUUUGUGCUUGUUUUCCUAGUUAUUGUUAUAAUUUUGAGUCCAUACAAAACUUGGUAAGACAAAUGUUUAUUUAUCUUACCUUUUCAGGGAGCAAUAGAUUAUACCUAACACCCUUUUUGAAAGUGCUUCCCAUGAGUCAAAUGAAGCUAGAGUUGAAUGUUGAGAUGUACAUAGUUUGAAUAAUUAUCAAAAAUAUAAAAUCUUGUUAGUUUGUGUAACUUGUCAAAUUUCAGUUGGUUGAUGCAUUGUUACUUUCCCUUUCAUACAAAAGCAUAUAUAUUGCUAUUUUUUAAAAAAGUUAACUAUGUAGAUUAAUAUUUGUUUUCUGCUCUGAAUAAAUUUGAGUAGGCAAGAAAGAUUUGAUCCUCUUUCAGAAUGUUGAGCUAUAAGUGCUUAGCACUCGUUCCAUUUUCCUGGUAAUAUAAUCAAAUUCUAAAAUUUGCAUUUAUAUUGUACUAUAGAAACUUGUAUUUUUGAAUUUUUCCAAGUUUUCUUUUGAAGUGGCAUUGUAAUUUUUAACAGACUUUUUGUGCUUUUUGGAAUGAACUGUAUUCAGAAGUGUCAAAUGCAAGUUGCACCUAAAUAUUUUCUGAUGACAAGGUGUAACUAAAAAUUUUGAUCUUAAACAAGAAUUCCUUCAGAGCAUUCAUUCAUGCUGCACUGCACAGUCCUGAAACAUGCACAGUAGUAGUUGUGAAUUUUGUAAGCUGAAAAUAUGGUACCUUAUCAGCAUAUAACAUCACUUCUCCCUUCUUAGCCCAAUGAAUGUAUCUUCUGUCACCAUUCCCCUUUAUAGGUGUCUUCAAGCAUAACUGAAGGUACAAAUGGCAUGCAAGUGUAAAGACCAGAAAUAGUUAUUUAGCACAAGUAAUUUUGUCUCUGUGCUCCACGUUAUCUCUUGCCAUCUUUCUUCUCUUGCCCCAUCUAUCACAACUUUGCAUUUACAAAUUGUUCUUAGCAAAAUUGUAAUCAGAUUUUAAGCAUGGCUCUGUCUUUAAACUCUGCAUUACUCUGCAAAUUUCAGCUACUGGAUAUCACAGCCCAGUUCGCAGAUGUUAUCAAAAAUUAAUGCUCCAGUGUGAUUCCUUUAUUGUGGUGCUCUGAAGUGCAAUCCCUAGUAAACACUUUACAUUUACAUGUAACAGCUUGUUUGGACACGUUUCUAUUGCUGUUAGAACCAAAAUGGUCCCCUUUGCCUUAAGGUUGCUUCCAACAGGAAACAUGGUCAUGGAAAUGCUCCAUGAAGCUACAAGUGUUGAAGCAUUUGCUAACAACUUUCAACAUGCUAAUUUUCCCUUUUGGAAAGUCAAAGGAUGUGUUGGAUCUGCAAAUCUAGUUUUGGCUCCCAGGAAGUUAGGCCAUUUUCCUUCGCAGAAACAUGAUCAGUAUAAAAAGUCUUUUGAAUACAGUGAUUAUUGUUUUGUUUUUUUGGGGUGAUGUUAAAGGAUAUUAUUCUUGUCGCAGAUUAAACUAAUGUUGGGAAGAUGAGGGGAAAUACUACUAAACCUUGGUCUGUCUUUGGGUCAUUUUAAUGUUCAAGGGCUUGGUGUUUGCAACCUAAGAUUCCUAUUACUAUCUGUAGAUCCAGUUUAAAUCCGCAAGUAUUAUUUACUGUGACCUCUGUUUUUGAUCCUGCAGAUGAUAUUACUGAACAAACAGUUGAAAUCACAGUGCUUAAACUUGACAGUGACAUGCAUAUUUGUAUUUAUUUUGAAAAUAAAAUUUUGAAACUUACAAUUUAUUCUGAAACAAAA